UCUGUCGGUAGCAUUUUAUUGUGUGUGUGUGUGUGAGUGUGUGUGGUAUAUCGGUGGGUUAGAUUUGGAUUAAAACAUGGACACGUUAAAUAAACUGAAACAAUUUGACGCUUAUCCUAAAACUCUGGAGGAUUUCCGAGUGAAGACUUGGGGAGGAGCGACUGUGACCAUCAUCAGCGGCGUCAUCAUGUUAAUCCUGUUUGUCUCUGAGCUGCAGUACUAUCUCACUAAAGAGGUUCACCCGGAGCUUUAUGUUGACACGUCGCGAGGAGACAAACUGAAAAUCAACAUUGACAUCAUUUUCCCUCACAUGCCCUGCGCCUAUCUCAGUAUAGAUGCGAUGGACGUGGCCGGCGAGCAGCAGUUGGACGUUGAACACAAUCUGUUCAAACAGCGGCUGGACAAAGAUCUCAAAACCGUCACCAAUGAGGCAGAGAAACACGAACUCGGUAAAGCUGACGAUGGUGAAACGUUUGAUCCCAGUACUUUGGACCCAAAUAGAUGUGAGAGCUGCUACGGUGCCGAGACUGAAGAUCUCAAAUGCUGUAACACCUGCGAUGACGUGCGGGAGGCCUACAGGCGGCGUGGAUGGGCGUUCAAGAACGCCGACACCAUCGAGCAGUGUAAGAGGGAAGGCUUCACUCAAAAGAUGCAGGAGCAGAAGAACGAAGGCUGCCAGGUUUACGGCUUCCUGGAGGUCAACAAGGUGGCAGGAAAUUUCCACUUCGCUCCAGGAAAAAGUUUCCAGCAGUCUCACGUCCACGUGCACGCUGUGGAAAUUCACGACCUGCAGAGUUUUGGCUUGGACAACAUAAACAUGACCCAUCUGAUAAAACACCUGUCGUUCGGUAAAGACUACCCCGGCAUCGUGAACCCUCUGGACGAGACCGACGUCACAGCACCGCAAGCUUCAAUGAUGUACCAGUAUUUCGUGAAAAUCGUUCCCACCAUCUACAUGAAAACUGACGGAGAGGUGGUAAAAUCCAACCAGUUCUCAGUCACCAGGCAUGAAAAGGUUGCUAACGGGUUAAUAGGAGACCAGGGACUGCCGGGAGUCUUUGUUUUAUAUGAACUUUCACCAAUGAUGGUGAAAUUCACAGAGAAACACAGAUCAUUCACACACUUCCUAACAGGUGUGUGUGCCAUCAUCGGCGGUGUAUUUACAGUGGCGGGUUUGAUCGACUCGCUCAUCUACCAUUCAGCUCGUGCCAUCCAGAAGAAGAUAGAGCUGGGCAAGGCCUCUUAACAGCGCCCCCUGCUGGCCUCCACGGUGCAACACAGACCAAGACACGGACACGGACGCAGAAAGACGAGGGAAGGACGGGCAGAGGGGUGAAGUUUGGAAAACAGAAGCGGGCGAGUUUCGCUCCCUCCAUCUUUCUGUCUUGUGUCAGAUUGAGCGAGAGAGAAACACAGAGAGAGAGAAAGAGAGGUUUUAAAAUCAGCCAAGUUUUAAAGUCCUCUGUCUCUCUUUUUCAUCUGGAAAAAGGAACUGGAGAGGAACUUCUGGGCCGCUUUUUGAAUUUUUCCUCUCCACUGUUAAAUUCUAUGCCAACGGGAGUGAGAAUCAAACUUUUUACGAUUGAACUCGAGCGGAGAGAAGAGGAGAGGAGAGGAGAGGAGAGGACGCCUCAUCGAUGCAGACCCAGCCUCCAGGAUUCUUCUUCAUGGAAAAAGGGAACUCCCUUCCCUCCAUCCUGUUUACGUCCUGCUUCAGCGCCAGUCGACUCUCAGCUCACUCUUUUAUUAGAGGAUCUGCGGUCGAGCCCUUUUGUCUUGAGGAGUGAGGAGGAGAUGGCAUGGAGACUCUUUAAAGGAAUCCUUCACCCAAAUAUGUUUUUUUUUCUCCCCCCUUAUCAGUUACAUAUCCGUUAAACCUUGACUGGUGGAUGAGAACAAGUUGGCGCCUACAUUUCUUUACGCUGAAUCACAGAAGGCACAAAUGUUUUCUCACAAGCACAAGAAUUAGAUUUUGUGAUCUAAAUGUCACAAAUUUAUUUAGAUCACAACAUGAUUAUUGUACAUUUAAAGGGGAUAUAGCUUAUAUUUUUCUUACUGUCAACAAAUCCCAACGAAAAGACCAAAACUGAAAAUGAAUUGACCUACUAACAAGUAUUGUAUGUGUGUGUGUGUGUCUGUGUGCGUGUGUGUGCGUGUGUGUGCGUGUCCAAAACUUGAUCAUAUGUGAUUCCUGUGUGUGCCAUAUAUAGCUCCAAUGUUUUCAAAAAAAACUAUUAAAAACUCAUCAAUAAGCCAAACUGCUGCACUGCCUUCAUUAUCAUAAACACUAGCACACGCACACACACACACACACACACACACACACACACACACACACACACACACAUACACUGUAGUUUAUUUUGACCCACACACACAUUCACCUCCCUGCUACCAGAAACACUCACUAAGGCACCAAAUGUCUUUUUUUUUUAAUUAAAAUAAAUAUCUGUGACUAGUUGUUGUUUUUUUUAAAGACGUAUAUCUUCAGUAGGAGUGAGUUGGCUUGGAGCUGAAAGUAAAUAUCGAGUGGUUGGAUUUUAAUGGGAUUUGUUGACAAUAAGAAAAAUACAGAAUAUCACCGACUUGAUAAAUUCUGUCCACAUUAAACUCUUCAUGUCUGUUGUUUUAGAAGAGUCAAGAAUUUAUUUAAAGAUCAGUAAUAUUUAAUUAAAUUCCAAUCAUGUUUAAAGAUGAGCAGGAUCACAAACCUUCACUUCCAGUAUUUAAAGCUGUUCUCUCCAUGAAUGUGAUGAAAUGAAUCUGGUACUUCAGGCAUCCAGUUGUGAGUAUUUAAGGUGGAAAAAACAAAACAUUUUGGGUGACGUAUUCCUUUUGAAAGACUUUUCUGUAUAUUGAAAGCUUACAGUUGUGUCACUUGAUUUAAAGCCACGAUGUGUUCGAUAGAUUAUGAAAAAUGAGAUCAUCGUGAUGGAUCUGUCUGAUGAUCCAUCUUCAUCCAGCCUCACUAAAUCUCCUUCCUUUCACUUCAUUAUACAGUCUGACAUCAUAUCUGAUCACAGGCAUUAAUGACAUGAGUCCAGCUGUAAAUUCAAACUUUAAUCUAAUCAGAACUUAAUGCUGACUCAGUCGUGAUUAUCAAACUAACGUCAGUCUGGUGUCUGAGUGUUUUUCUUUCUUACACAUCAGCUUCUGGUUGUGACUGUUUUCUUUUUUGCUGACAUUGCAACUCGCUGCUCUGAAAUUAAAUCAGUUGCAGACGAAUGACGCAGUAUUGAGCUGAUUCAGACAUCUCAUCUUGUCAUCAGCGUAGUUACUAAAUGAUGACAGUUCAUCAUCAUUGCUCAUGAAACACAAAGCCUCUGAUGACGCACCACUUCUUUAUUUCCCUCUUAAGUCCCGUUGGCAUCAUCUUCAGUCAACACAGAAGCUGCGGCAGAUGUUGUCAGAAGCAAUUAACUUAACAUUUUUCACAUUUAACUAAUAAAUAUGUCAAUUUAAGAGUUGUUAUUUCUGUAAUUUGACAAAUAAUAAUAAUCAUUGUUAUCCAGCUGGGAGUUAUUUCUUAUAAAAGCCAGUUUUCAUGACAGUUUUUCUGGCUCUGGCACAGGAAGAUAACAUUCCCGCUCUUAAUCCAAACCCACAAAACUCAGAUUGGCUCCGUUCUUAUUCCAGCUGGGGAAACAGCCGUUAGCGGCGCUCAACACCAGACAUAUUUGAAUCUUUGAAAUGUGUUCAAUGAUUGAGAGAUCUGGAACGAGGCUAAAUGUUUGUCUACCACAGUGUCUGAUGUCGAAAACCGCCACCAAGUCAGACGUUUUUAAAUCUUACACAUGGUGGCUUUAAAAAAAGGACUGAGUGAGUGAUGAAAGUUUUUGGAGUCAUGGCGUGGAAGCUCCGCAGUGUGAAUGGAGAGAACAGACAGUUUUUUUUCUCCAGUGUUUAAAAUGGCAAAUGAGGGAAAACCGACGAGCCGGUGCCAAAAUUUUGUGGCAUGUGGUUCAGUUUCUUUUGUCCGUCAGAAUUUAACUCGAGCUCGCUGGGUGGGACGGAGAAUGUAAGAAUGAACCUCAGCCAGGAAAAUCACUGCAGCUUCCCGUCAGUUCAGACUGCUCUCUGCCUUUUUCUUUUUUUUCUUUCCUCUUCCUCCUCCUCCUCUCUCCUCUGCAUCCUUCCUCAUCUCUAGAUUUGAGUCAGUCAAUCAGUGAAAAUGAAGAGUUUCUUUCCAUGUUUUUAUCAUUGCCAUCGUGAAAUUUUAAACAAAUUCAAGGCCCGUUUGUAGAGAAGAAAAGAAAAGAUGCCUCUCUAGUUGACUUCCUUCUUUAUUUCUCCCUCAAUAUUAUCAGGCAGCCAUUUUCAUAUGAUUUUACCUCUUUUUUUGUUUUUGUAUUCAGGAGUGUAAAUACUGUACAGACACAUCCACCACUGCCUCAGACAAGGGAAGAAAACUCAACACUAUAUGAACUCGGAUUAAGUUUCAGUUUUUUGUUUUUUUAAUGUAGGGAUAAGGGCUGCUUCUGUAUUGCUUUUCUUUCUUUUUUUUGACUUUCUGUGGAAUAUUGUAACCCAAUCUGCCCUGUUAGACUGCUGUGAAACUAUAGGCUUUUUGUUUUUAAAUUUGGUCUGUGGGACAUGGAAAGGUUAAAGGAUAUUAAUACAGCCAGUGUAGCUUCACACAGUCCUCCUCCUCCUCCUCUUCCUCCUCCUCCUCCUCCUCCGAAGCCGUAUGUCUUAUCCCCAAACCAAAACUUCAGUCAGUAAGAAAUGACAGAGCUGGCAAGGGAGGCGGCAGGCAGCUCCAGACCACAAUAAGACAGUGUGUAAAUGUUGGGGUUGAUUCUGACUUUAUUCCUGAUUACACAUGUUGAGUCACCACAUGAGAUCCAGAUGUUUCUGUCAGUUUGAUCUUUUCUGUGGGUAUUUUUAGCAGCUUUUGACUGUCUGGGUGUUAUAAACUGACAGAAACAGAUCCAGUGGGGUGAGGCUGUUGGUUAAAAAGGAACUUUUCUGAAAGGACCACACUGGUGAUUUUGCAUGUUUUGGCCCAUGAACUUCAAAUCAGGCAAAUUUUAUGUCACUGAUGACCAUUUUUAUUUCCAAAUGGCAAGAAAAUAUAGUUUUUAAAGAUUGAAACUUGCCUCCAGCAGUCAGCUAUCUAUAUUUAGCCAACAUCAGGUCAUCAUGCCGCAAGGAAAACUCAGUUUAUUAUUAUUAUUGUAUUUAAGGAAGGACUUGAAAUCCAAGUCUACUGCUACUGCUAGACUGCUUGACCUCAACUCUCAGUCAGUCAGUUUAACCUCUCAUAGCCUCCAGAUCUACUCUUGCUUGUAGUCCACAAUAUCACCCUGUUUAUGCCAAAUGCUGCAGGUGCUUUGCUUUUUAUCAGUCUGCAGGGAAACAAAUAGGACUGCAAGUUAUUUUCAUUAUGCAUGAAUUAUUCAGUUAAUAAUCUAAUCUAUAAAAUAUAAGAUAAUACUGGGGGGGGGAAGCCCCUAACUUCACAUUUUAGAAACUGGAAAUAGAGAAUUCUUUGCUUGAUAAAUGACAAUUCAUUGACAAAUCUGUCACUGAAUAAUUUCCUGUAGUCAACCAAUUGCUGCAGAAGUGUUGAAAGGCCAAAUCUGACUUCUGGGAGCUAAGUAGUUAAGGUGCAUGCCACAUAAAGGUAGCGUCCCUGGUUCGAUCCCGGCAGGUUCCCCUCUUUCUCUCUCUCCCUGUUUCCUGCCACCCACUGUCAAAUAAAGGCAAAAAAAGCCCGAAAAUAAACAUUUAAAACAAAUGACAAAAGGUGCAUCUUAGAAAAUUUUGGGGGCUAAAACAUGCAGAAACACUUGAGCGGUGUAAGUUUGACUUUCUGUACGCUUCUUUGUCUUUUCUGUUGUGGCAGAAAUCACCGCUUCUUCUUUUUUCCCAGACGAACUAUAACUAUGAAAUGUUUCACUUCCUGUCUACCAGAUUUUGUCCCAGUAACAUGACAGAUAAUUAGUCACAUAUAUAAACACACUGCAGGUUAUUUCUUCAAUUAUGAAAUCUCAAGACAUGUCAGACAGUCAGACCUUGCAGCAUUCGGCCAAACCUCCUAUUUUUAUUUUUAUUUUUUAAAAUAAUAUCAACCUUCUGUUUGACGCCUCGCUAUAUUCACUUAGUUAACAGACAAAUACAGUAUGUGGUUCAUAUCAUGAUGAUCCAGAAUGUGAAUGUUUCAGUGUGAAUCUGACUAAUAUUGAAGCUCAUGUGACUGCGGCAGGUUGCAGCUAAAUAUUAACGAGUAUUACGGCUGUAAAAAGACACCUUUGAUUAUCAUUAAGUAUCAAAAUUGUCCAAUAUUUCUUCUCUCUCUGUGUUUUAAAUCGCUUCUGAAGUCUUGAUGAUGCAGUUUGAUCAUGGAAUGAUUCAGUUAUUGAUGGUUGGUCGUUGCACCUUUUAACAUCUAAAAUCAGGGGCAGGGGUUGUGUGUAUGUGUGUGUAAGUGUGUGUAUGUGUGUGUGAGCGCAGAUGUGAUCUGAUGCCAGUUGCUGUGUGUGUGUGUGUGUGUAUGAAUGAGUGUGAGAGAGAAAUGUAUUUAUAUUUUGAUUGUCCUCAAACAGUUUUUAAAAUGACAGAAAAUAAAUGUUGAAUACACCAGC